CCCGAGAGUUCUCCCUUCCUUCAACAUAAUGUCUAAUAUAAGAACCUGGAAAGCAGCAUCUCCUCUCUCAAGACUUAAGAAUUCUGUCACCUAUUAAUUACAUACCUUAAAUACAAUAGACGCGAUGCCCCGUUCGGACCAUUGUUCAUGUGGUCAUGGUCGCGACUGUCCAUUUGCGCACGGGCACCAUCACCAUCACCACCAUCACGGCCACCGUCGCCACCGCCAUCGCAACCACCACAGCACUAGCAAUAGCGGUACAUGUUUCCCUAGCCAGGAAUGGACAUAUAACCCCUGGGCCGACCCAUACCUAGGCAACUUCAACGGUAGCACUGGUCCGGGCCAUAUACAAUACCCCACCAUCACUCGAUUCAGAAGCCGUAUACACGACUACGAUUCCCGCGGAUACUGCCGUAACUGUGGCGAGCACCAAUCCUACCAUCAACCGCCGCACCAACACACUUCACAUAGCCACGGAUCGGCCCGUGAACCAGCUACCACCGGCGAAGCCUUACUAGGCUGGCUACAAGAAGGGCGGGAGCGAGCCGCUCGUUCGGGGACCGGUCAGUUCCAGCCAGAAACACAUUACCUGAUGUGUGAACAUCAUAUGCGCCAUUAUUUCGGGGAUAACUACCAGGGCUUUUCGCCUACUGAGUAUAUGGCAGCAUUGGAUCGAGCGGAAGAGAUGGUGCGUGCGGGAAAUGGGGCACGGAAUAACGGGCAUGCUGGCUCUCGGGCUAUCACCUCUAGCUCCUCCCGCGCGGCUUCUCCUGCUAGCCCUCGUGCUGAAUCUCACGUUGGCUAUGGUAGUGACGAUGAGCUUCCGCCUGAUGAUGAGCCCCCUCGAUAUAGCGACGAUGGUAGGGAUUAAGCUCGGUUUGCUAUACGAAUGAAUUUGGAUUUGAACGUGUUGAUGAGAUAUGAGAAAUUAGGCGGGAAGUAUUCGGCGUCGCGGGGAAUGGCUUUAGAAUCAAUCAUAGGCAGGAGUUUGGGUUUGGAAUGUCUGU